GGGGGAAUGGGUAAAAGAUAAAAGUGGACAAUUUGUGUACACUUUAUGUACCCUAGCAUAUUUGAUUGUUUUAAUCUUAUCGAAAAUGCUUAGUGUACAUCAAGUGUACACAUAUUGUACACACUAUAUAAAUGGUUUUAGUUUUUAUCAUUCCACUUUUAAUUUUUUACCCUUUUUCUCUCCCCCUUCUCUCAUUCAACUCUUUCUUCUCUGUGCCAUUUCUCCUUUCUCCCGUACCCUCUUUCUCCUUUCUUUCUUCUUCAUUUCUUCAUUCCAAUCCUUCUCCUCCCCAUUUAACAAUCACAAGCCAUUUAAUUUGUCUAUGUGGUUUCUCAUGAUUGAAUCGGGAGCGCUGCAGAUUGUUUAGCCAUCGCCGCCUGGAGUCUUCGCAACGACUUGGAAGUUACAAGGCCAACCACCCGCUAGCGAGUCCGACAUGGAUGAUCGAUCUCCGACCUGGUUAAUUGCCGCCGAUGCUAGCUUUUGGGAAAACGCAGCAGCAACCUGGUUCUUCUAGUUGCUCUGUAGCCAUGUGGGUUGGCUCAUAUCUUACAAGGAGCUUCGUACCAUACAAAUGAUGUUGGCGAGUGAAGAAGCCAAUUGGGUUAGAAGCUUGAACCUCUAUUAUGAAAGCUGGUGGAAUAGGAAUGAAGCAAUAAAGACUAUUUUGAUACGGACUUGUGUAUUAGUUUUUUGUUAGUGUUUACUUUGUGAUACUUUUCACUUUUUUAGUUGUCUUUUCGCUAGACAAAAUUUAAAGUAUGGCAAAUGUAGACAAUUAAUGUUGUUUUCAUAGUGUAAUAUAUUAUGUACAAUUUGUGUACAGUUUAUGUACCCAAGCAUAUUUGAUUGUGUUAAUCUUAUGGAAAAUGCUAGGGGUACACAAGUUGUACACAACUUGUACA